CACCACUCUCAGGCACCGAUCCUACCAGCGCCGCAACACAACUUCCGCCGCCAUGGCAAUGGCAUCCCCCCAGUCCUCAGCAUCCUGGUCACCUGACGACGUCCACGACGAACCCACCCGCCACCGAGAUCCCCGCACCAGCGCCGACGAUCUCUCGGCCCUGCCCGAACGGGUCACCUCGCGGCUGCGCACUGGGAAAGCCCUGAGAGACAUCUACAAGAAGUACUCGAUCCCCGACGAUUUCUCCCCGGUCCUCGCCGGCGACCUCUCCUCGUGCUCGCAGCCACUGCCCGGAUCCGUCUGCGUGUACGUCGACGCUCUGGAAGCCGGGUUGCGCCUUCCCCUUCACCCCUUCUUCGGCACGGUGCUCAGCCACUUCGGGCUCGCCCCCGGCCAGCUGGCGCCCAACGGGUGGAGGGCCCUGGCUGGCUUCGUGGUCCUCUCCCACUUCGCCGGCGAGGUGCCGUCGCUGGCCGUGUUCCGGUACUUCUUCGCGCUGUGCAAGCUCGGGCAGACGCAGAACAAGCUCUACUCCUUCCGCAGCAAGGACGCCGUCGGGUUGCUCUUCGGCAAAUUAAACAACAAUAUCAAGGGCUGGAAGGAGGAGUUUUUCUUCCUGUCGUCGUCCGCGCCAUGGCCGUGCCCGGUGCAGUGGGGGGAGCCUUCCAGAUCCGCCACCUUCGAGCCGACACUCACCGGCAAAGAGAGAGGCGUGGCGGCUAAACUGCUGCGUGUUCGCGGCGAUUGCCCGAUUGAUCUCACCACGUAUCUCCACGAGCGCAACAUGACCGCAGCCAAGAUCAUCCGGCCGGCGCCUUCACCGUCGCAAGGGAUGAAAUUCAUGGAAGCACCUGUUCAUGUCACCAUGGAGGAUGUCCGGGCAGAGAAGGCCGCGGCUUUGCUGGCCUCUGCGAGGAAGGUGGCCGUGAAGACAGAGGCAGAUUGCAUUGCCCAGCCUUGUGCCACGUCGUCUGGCAAGAGGAGGAAACUGGCAGAGGGCCAGAGCUCGGCGUCGGACACCUCUUGCCCCCCGGGCUUCACUACCAACUGGUGGAAGACGCCGCCGGUGACAGGCGAAGAUGGUGGGAAACAGUGGAGCGCCCCCCGUCAGCAUCGCCAAGGAGACACGGGCGACUGGAAAGCGGCGAGCCAGCUGCUCCAACGCACCGUCACGCCGUCGCGGGAGCUGGAGCUCGCGGCGUCCAAACCGGCCGACGUCGUCGCCUCAAGCUACCUGUCACUGCUCCAGACGACGAACGAGGUGGCCUUCUCGCUGGCCUACGCUAUGGAGCUGGAGGAUAAGCUGAGGGCGCGCGACCGCGAGGCCGCCGCGCUGAGGGCACGGGAACGCGAGGCCGCGGAGGAGGCCGACGCGCUGCGGGCGGAGCUGCGCAGGGUGAAGGCCGAGCUCGCCGAGACCAAGGCGGCGGCGGCACGGGAGUUCUUGGGGUCCAGCAGGGAGCACGCGCGCGCCCUGGCGGAGCGGGAGCUGCAGGGUUACGAGCGCGGCAUGGAGGACAUGAAGCGCGCCGCGCUGCGCCGUUACCCGAACCUCGACCCGGCGCGACUCGUUGUGCCGCUCCACGGCCACCGGUAGGAGCCGGAGAUGGCCUGAAUCUGAUUGACAUGCCCCACCCGUUUUUCUUCAGGCGUUCUGGCGCGCCAGCCCAUGGCUGCCAUCUGAUUUGGUUACAUGUAUCUUCAAAAUGUUGCAUCCGAAUCUAUUAAAAUUAUUAGGGACAUUAUUAUGCGGCAAACAUUAAGAGACCCUUUAAUCCAUGCAUCUUUGUUUC